CAUUCUUCUUCUUCCCGAAAGCCCCAAGCUGCCGACUCCUAUACUUGAAGAGAAACCGAUAAGAGCUUGAAGCUUUCCCCUUUCUUUUCUUGUUGGAGAAUGAAAAUUGAACCCAAAAUUCUUUCCUCCCCUCUGCAGAAUCUGGAUCUGCUCUGCUCUGCUACUUCCGGCUGCUGCUCUGCUGUGUGGGGGUGCGAAUUUCUCGGGUUUUUCUGAUUGCGUGAAUUUCCCCCUGCACUUUCCGCCGGCUCUUCCCCAACUGCAGCUCCGAUUUUGCUUGUUAAAUUUCGGUUCUUGAUCAUUGGUUGCCCUAGAACUUGGAUUGAGUCCUCAGUUUAUGGAGUGAAUUUUCUAUGUUAUGCGAUUUAAGGUAAGUAAAUUUAUGAUAAUGCUCGUACAAUUUUUAAAAGCAUGUUUUGAUUUGAUUUUGAAGUGGUGGCAGGACUAAACCCGUUUUAUGCAAAAGUAAGUAUGGCUGAUUUGAAGUGAAAUUUCUAUGCUUUCAUUAAAUUGAGCAUGCCUACUUGGAAUUUAAUUGACUGUCCUGAUGAUCUGAAAGUGAUUGUGAAUUGUGAUUGUGAAUUGUGAUUUUUCUAUUAACUUCUUCCUGUUUUGUCUCCGAUGUAGUUAUGUUAUUAAUGAUCCUGCUAGUGGGGGGUUAAACGCUAGCACAUGUCGACAUGUUGAUAAAACCGGUUCGUUCAAGUGUAGCCUACCAGUGGGAGGUUUAUAACACUGGUCAUGACCUAUAGAGGAGAUGUCUAUUUCGUUUCCAUACCCAUAUCUAUUUUUCGUGAUUGCACUUGUUGGCAUGCUAUAAGUUUAAUUAAGGGCACUCCAUAUUUUACUUACUAAGUUAUCUCAUAGUUUUUCUUUGUUCACCAUUUCAGGAAGUGAAGUCAAGGACGGGGAAAAACAAGGGAGUGACGAGUUAGAGGGCUAGCUAUCUUGUAAAUUGAACAUAGAUUUUAGAUAUAAUCAUGAUCUUGUAAGUUAGACUGUAUUUGGAGAUUUUAUGAUAUUAAAGCAAAUUUAAAAUU